CAAUAUUAGUGUUCUGUUUCGACUAAUGUUGUGUUUCACAUGGCAUUAUUUUUGUGGUCCGGGAUUGGGGCGAAAAACGCAGCGUUUGAGGGAAUAAAAAAAUAUCCAUAGCAGAGGCGGUACUGCAGAAAAGUGUUUCAUAAAAUAAAAUAAAACCCUAGCAAAAGCUUCGAUGCAGGCGUAAAACCCUUGUUCCCACCCCCUGUUUUCAUUCGUAAAGAAAAUGGAGGAACCAAAGAUUGGGGAUUGCGAAGAGUGCAAAAAGAAGGCGUCAAAAUACAAGUGCCCAGGUUGCUGCCUCCGCACCUGCAGCCUCCCUUGCGUUAAUGCUCACAAGCAACGCACUGGCUGCACUGGCAAACGCAACAUCACUUCCUUUGUUCCCCUCUCUCGCUUCGACGAUAAUCUUCUCCUCUCCGGUUUCACUUCCACUUCCUUUUCCUACUUAUUUAUUUAUUGUUUUUGUAGGAUCCCAUUCAUCUUUACUGAACCUAAAUUGCUUGUAGAUUAUAAUCUGCUGGAGGAAACGAAGAGGAUCGCUGAAUCUGCUACAAGAAUAAGGUCCAAACUGUGUAACACUAUUAAUGGUGGACAUCAUCCUCAUUUUAAGCUACCACAUCAUCUUCGAAACCUCCGCACUGCUGCUGCCUCUCGCAGAACUAAGCUCUUGUUUCUGCCAUCUGGAAUGUCUAAGAGGGAAACUAAUCAAACUCGAUUUAACCACAGGAAGAAGUAUAUUUCAUGGACCAUUGAAUGGCGGUUUCACUCUACAGAUGUUGUUUUACUUGACCAUGGUAUUCAUGAAGAUGCAAGCCUCUGUUCAUUAAUUGAAAACCAUCUCCAACCUAGUCCCUGGAAUCAUCCUCUUAGGAAGUUCUGCGAGGAGCAGCUCGACUCCCUCAAGUUUUUUAUCCGAAGAUACCCUAAGGGAUCCAAAUCGCCUUUCCUGGAGUUAGACAUAAAGGCCCCAUUACGGAAACUAUUAGCUGAUAUGGUUGUUCUAGAGUAUCCUGUGAUUCAUGUGUUUCUUCCUUCAGAACACUGUGAUUUUGAAGUUAUCAGGAAGAAUCAUCUCGUCACUCAUGGGCCAGAGGGAAAAGAUUCUGGCGGUGCUGAUAAUGAAAUACCAAAAGGUGUUACCUUCAAGGAGGAGGAAAUAGAAGACAAUGGUAGCUCUUUAGAACCUCAGGUCUUUGAUCUUAUGCAGCAUGUGCUGUCAAGUCCAUUGCAUCAAAUCCCUUCUCAAAACAAGUCUGAGAAAGCAUUCGGUGGUAACUCAGUUUUGUCUUUGUCGGCGAGAGCCGGGGCAGGAAACAGGGUACAUUCCAGCCCCCAGGCUAAGGACUCUGGAUUAUUUGAUGACAUGGAAUUUGAUUUUGAUCAAGGCUUAAUAGAUGCGUAUUCAGACCUGAUUGCCGAAAUUAAUCCAGAUGACUUUCUUGAUUUAGAAGGUGAAUUUGCUAAGCAACCAGAAACAGAAGAUAGAACAGACCUUUCAAAUUUGAGGGGAGUUUUCUUUGCUGAGGAAUUGGAGGAGGGGGAGAUCCUAGAUUAAUUUAUUUUGGUCAAUCUUUCUGGGGAAGCAGCGAAACAAUGGUUAGAAGAAGAAUUUUCUAAGAGUUGUUGCUCACUACUGAUCAUAAUCUCCACGGACAAUCUGCCCCAGCUUGUCAUAUCUAUAGAGCAAACCCUGCAACUCUGUGUCAUACUGAAGUUGCUCAAUUACCUGGUAAUGCACAAGAUCAGGACAAAUACAUGGAUAUCUUGUAAAUGCAAUAGCUUAUAUAUAAUUUCAUUCCUGCUGAAAGGUAUCUGGUUGAGAGGGGGAGGUGAAUGUGUUUUUUUUUUUUUUUUGCUUGAUAUUAAAGAGUCCUUGGAUUCAUGUUAUUCUUUUCGGUUAGUUGGGUGUACUCGCGAUUGUUGAGGAAGUUAAAUUGUAUCACAUGCUGGUUUUUGUCUACAAA